CAUCUCUUCACUCUCCCACCAUCACUCUCCCACCAUCACCCUGCCUCCCUCCCUCUCCCCUUCCCUUUCUCCUCCUCCCUCCACUCCCCUCCUCCCUCUCCCCUUCCCUUACCUCAACCACCAAACAACCCAACCCACUAACCCACCCUCAUGCAGGCCCCCAGCAACUUCUCCGACGACGAAGAGCUUAUCCUCGCGCGUCUCGAAGAAGCCAACGCCCUCGCCGACUCCUCCUCCUCCUCCUCCUCUGAUGACCUCACCUCCAUCCCUUCCUCCUUCCCCCCGGACUUCGACCCCUACAACACCACCCUCCCCGCCGUCCUAAACAGCCGCAACCCCUCCCCCUCGGACUACAACGGCGCCACGCCCGACCGGGGCCAAGCCAAGUACAACGGGCCCUACACCUACCAUUCGCACUACUGCGGGGCGCCUCGGACGUGGGCCAGCGUGAGCGCCAUCCAUGAUGGAGAGGGUUACCUUUACGGAUUGGGCGGGACGCCGAGGCUGGGGGCGAAUAAGUGCAGUCGGGUUAGCUGUAGUUGGAAUUCGGCGAUUUUUGUUUGUAAUGAUAACAACCACGACAUCAGCCUCCAUUCCUGGGGCAACGUCGCCGAAGCCGCUUACUUCCUCACGGGCGCUUGCUUCAAGUACUUUGGUGGGCAGACGCGCAUUGCUGGACAAGUCUACUUUUCCGAGAGGUGGACUGUGUUUAUUACGGUGCAGAAAUGUUAGGCCUGCUUCGUCGGAGGAAGAUGGUUCCAUCAGAAGGAAGCCUUGGACUGCUGUUUCUUUGGUUUCCAAUCUGUUUUUCCUUUCACACACACACACACACACGCACACACACGUUCACGCUGGUUAACCGGCUGGGACUGAGGAUGGUUUGAGCCUGCAGCGCUCUCUCUGCUUCACGUCUCCUUUUUACACACUCG